AUGUGCUUUGGGGGAACCGGUGGAGCACAUGUCGAGGCGUAUAUAGAGCUUUUGUCUGCUGCUCGACGAAGGGAAGUUAAGUUGCUUCAACCUGCCAGGCCUGUUGGCGACCGUCAGAACUCAGGCUUCACGGCGGAUGUCAUUGGGCGCAUUCUGUCCUCGACUGUUCUCGCACCGCAAGCAACGAUACCGCUACUGUUAUUCGCUGGGUACACCUCCCAGGGAAGAAGCUUGAUUGCUGACCGGCCUGGUGUGUUUACUGCACUGAAAGCGCUGGCCUCAAUUGGCCUGCUCAGGAUCGUCAAUGGGUUCCUAAACCGUCGAGCCUUGAACAACUGGGCGUCUGACGAGUUUGUCUGGAGACGUGAGAUUGCCUUGGUAACCGGAGGAAGUGAUGGAAUCGGACAGCGGAUUGCCCUUCUGCUUGCUCGACGUGGCCUCAAGGUUGUGGUUCUUGACGUACAGGAGCCUAAAUACCAUACACCACCAAACGUCACUUUCUAUAAGUGUGACAUUACCUCCUCUGCGGCCGUUGCAGAGACAGCAGCGGCAAUCCGUGCAGACAUUGGCGAACCAACUAUCAUCGUUAACAAUGCCGGCAUCCUGAGAACACGACCUUUACUCAAAAGCACAGAGGCUGAGACGAGGCUCGCUUUCGAGGUGAACACACUCUCGCACUAUGUAAUGGCGCGGGAGUUCCUACCAAGCUUGAUCCGCCACAACCACGGGAUGCUGGUGACCGUUGCCUCGCAAGCUUCGCACGUUGCAUGUGCCAGCAUGGUUGACUAUGCCGGGACUAAGGCCGCAGCACUAGCUUUCCAUGAAGGCAUUGCCUCCGAGUUGAAGAUACGGUACAAGGCCCCCAGGAUACGUACUGUGGUGAUUGAACCGGGAUUCUGCAAGACCAGCCUUAUAGACGGCAUGUCAUCUGAAGAUACAUGGUUCCAUCCACUUCUUCACCCUGACACGGUGGCGGAGCGGACGGUUGAACAGAUACUGACAGGAUCAAGCGGAAGGGUUAUACUGCCCGGCUCUACUGGGUUCUUUGCUGAGAACAUACACUCCUUGCCCUUCUGGCUUCAGAAUUUCAUCAGGGAUAGAUGCGAAAUGUCAACACGGACGAGUCACUGCACUUGA